GGCGCCGUGUCCUGAGGGGCGGGGGAGGGGGCUGACGUUAUUGCUAAACCGAAAACAAUGCCAAAUCUGUCCAGUCCUUAUUAACACGUGCCGUCGCCUGCAUACUGCAGUGAUUGCGCAUGUGGCCAGCGCCGAUGCAUGCGGCAAAACACCGGCCUUGACCCGAACCUUCAUCCUACUAACAUUAAACUGCAUUUCGAGUCAUACGGUAUACGAUACAAGCAUGGGAACACUGCGCGCUUUCCCCACAGUGUUAGAAUAAUUGCCCUUAGCAGUACCGUGUAGUAUAAGGCAGGGGCAGGGGUGGCAGCCGGCGCCGCCCGCAGUCGCCGGCGGGAGCGCGGGGAACGCGCGUCAGCUCAGUUAUUCGGACUUUUGUUCGAUACUGGCUUGUACGUUCAGCCGUCGCCGCUAGCAUAAACUAUGGAAAUAGUCCCGGAAGGAAGGAACUUUCGUCUGGUUUCGGAACAGGAGCUGCCGGCAUUGGCAGACUGGUUGGUGCAGUAUAUGCCAGAAUCACUGAAGUUUCAUCAGACUAUACAAACAUAUUUGAAUAACAAAGUAUGGGAUUUUCAUUUCUACGUGGCGAAAAACUGGCCGGAAGAUCCGAUAUGUCUGCAUUUCCCCGGGUCCACUGGCACGCCGAACAGCGAAAACAUCUACGAAAGCGUCACAAUAUUCUGUCCAUCAGAUAAGUCGGAACUGGUGGACCUGGUGACCUCCGAGGACCAGCUCCUGGACCUCACCGCUACGUUGUACCUGAACUACACGCACGAGGCCAUCUUCAGCAGGCUGGAGAAGCACUACACGCCUGUGUACAAGAUCGCCGGUGAUAUCUACGUCUGUGAUAAAACGCCGGAGGAUCCGGAAAAUGAACAAUUGCCACCAAAUGUGGAGCUUAGGAGACUGGGACCUGAAGAUAUGAGAGCUGUUUACCUCGACUACUCGGCCCCAGACUUAGAAUGUAGGGAAAUCUUUGAGAAACUAGUCGCCGAAUUACCCGCGUACGGGAUCUUCGUAGAAAGUCAAUUGGCCGCGUGGAUGGUGCAAUCAUACUACGGGGCAAUGUUCGCAAUGCACACCAAUCCAGAGUUCCGUAGGAAAGGAUAUGGGAUAUUCUUAGCUCGGAGGUUAACGAAGGAGGUCCAAGCUCGCGGGUAUAAAUCCUUCGUGGUGAUUCGUCCGGAAAACCACGCUUCCCGCGCUCUGUACACCAAACUAGGCUUCCGAAGGACUUUCCAAACGUUGCGGGCAGUUCUUCAGCCGCGCUGUCAAGAGGUGACUGAUAGAUAAUUUACGAAAAGUUUAAAAAUCUUGCCCCAUUUUACCUACUCUAAAAGCUUAAGAUUUUUAUCUUUUACAAAAAUGAAAUUGUACUUAAGUGGCCUUAUUUUAUAUUAAGACACAAUGAGCCGCUUACUUGCCCUCUCUUUCUCAAACGUAGUUCUAGCUAAUUUAUUUUGUAUGCGAGAAUAUGUUUCGUUCUCUUCACUGAUAUUCGCUCAACGCAUCGCAGUAUAAUGUUUAAUUAGGGAUGUGAUUAUGAUUGAAUGUUACUGGUUGGGAGGUUGGCCACGCUAGCAACAGCCAGCUUGCACGCUAUUCUUCCACCAAAUUUUCGGAAUUAUUUUUAAAUAAUACCUACAAACUAUUUUUUUAAUAAAAUAAUAUUUUGCUAACUGCAA